GCCAUCCGUCGAGGGAUCUGCCCUUGCAGGGAUGGGAAACUGACUCCGAAGUUAAAGAGUACUAAAGGCGAAAACCUUCCAGAGGAGAAAACAGGUGGCCGAGGGGUGUUCUUCUUAUCAGAUACCUCACUGCAAGUGUUGACACUUAACUUAAUUCUUGCAGUAAGUGAAUUUAUCAGACUUCUUCCAAGCAUACUCUUAGCUGGGAGCAGAUCCUUGCAACAAAGGUCCGGUCGGCCGCGCCGGCAGCCAUGACGACCGCCAUCUUGGAGCGCCUGAGCACGCUGUCGGUGAGCGGGCAGCAGCUGCGCCGCCUGCCCAAGCUCCUGGAGGACGGCCUUCCCAAGAUGCCCUGCACCGUCCCGGAGACCGACGUGCCCCAGCUCUUCCGCGAGCCCUACAUCCGCACCGGCUACCGCCCCACGGGCCACGAGUGGCGCUACUACUUCUUCAGCCUCUUUCAGAAGCACAACGAGGUGGUCAACGUGUGGACCCACUUGCUGGCCGCCCUGGCCGUGCUCCUGCGAUUCUGGGCCUUCGCCGAGGCCGAGGCCUUGCCGUGGGCCUCCACACGCUCGCUGCCCCUGCUCCUCUUCAUCCUGUCGUCCAUCACUUACCUCACGUGCAGCCUGCUGGCCCACCUGCUGCAGUCCAAGUCGGAGCUCUCGCACUACACCUUCUACUUCGUGGACUACGUGGGCGUGAGCGUCUACCAGUACGGCAGCGCCUUGGCCCACUUCUUCUACAGCUCCGACCAGGCCUGGUACGAGCUCUUCUGGCUCUUCUUCUUGCCCGCAGCUGCCUUCUGUGGCUGGCUGUCUUGUGCCGGCUGUUGCUACGCCAAGUACCGCUACCGCAGGCCUUACCCGGUCAUGAGGAAGCUCUGUCAAGUGGUGCCGGCGGGGCUGGCCUUCGUCCUAGACAUCAGCCCGGUGGCCCACCGUGUGGCCCUGUGCCACCUGGCUGGCUGCCAGGAGCAGGCGGCCUGGUACCACACCCUCCAGAUCCUCUUCUUCCUGGUCAGCGCCUACUUCUUCUCCUGCCCGGUUCCUGAGAAGUACUUUCCGGGUUCCUGUGACAUCGUGGGCCAUGGGCAUCAGAUCUUCCAUGCCUUUCUGUCUGUCUGCACGCUCUCUCAGCUGGAGGCCAUCCUUCUGGACUACCAGGAGCGGCAGGAGAUCUUUCUGCAGCGCCAUGGCCCGCUGUCUGUCUACAUGGCCUGCCUUUCUUUCUUCUUCUUGGCGGCCUGCAGCUCUGCCACAGCAGCGCUUCUGAGACACAAAGUCAAGGCGAGACUGACAAAGAAAGAUUCCUGAGGCUGGCAGGUGGGGUGAGGUGUAGAGGCAGCCUGCUGUGAUUUGGGGAAAGCUCAGUACAACAAUAGGAGUUGACUUUUUGUUUUUAAGAGUUGCUUUUAAAUUAACACAUAUUUCCAAGGAUAUGCUAUGGCAUUGGAAAGCCAAAGGAGUCAAGAAUUUUGUUGUUCAAAGUUUUUGCUAAUAAAAGGAGUAUUACUUUUCCCUCUGUGUCACAGCCUUAUGAGAUACAGGAAAGGAAGGGACUUUGGCUAGGAUUCAUGGGACACUGAAUUAAGGACGAUCUUUCCGCCUGAAAAUUUGGUGGAAUUUUGACUUUGGCCUCUGGGGCCAAGCCCUUGAGCUAAAGGGAUUAUAAAGUUGGACUGGAAAGUGAGUAUGUGGCUGGUUCACACUGUAUUGGAAUGGCCAUACUACCGUACUGGUCUUUGGUAAUUGAAUAAACUGACCCAAGAACUUGAUUUCAUUUGGAUUUCAGAUUGUCCAGGGUGGAGAAGUCAGAAACUUCAAGAUGAUUCAGUGAAACCCUUAGACAUAAUGAAUUACUUGGUUCAUCUGAGUUCUGGUCCCUCCUCUCUGGCCCACUUUGACACUGACCCUUUUCUCAGGAUGACGUCUGCCUAGCUGUUUUCUCUACAGUGUACUCCCAUCUGUACUUUGCAUGGUAAUAUAGAGGACUAUGAAGCAGUCAUAUUUCCAGGAAAUGCUUGGAUCCAUGUGGACAUUCAGGAAGCUUAUUUUCAUAUACUACUAAAUGGUACUAGAAAGUACAGUGCCAAGAGCCAUCAGAAGGCCCAGCCAACAAGCAUGGAUACUGUUUUGUGUCCUGAGACCCUUCUGUUUUAUACCUGUGGACUGCAGUACUUGAGAUCUAUCAGGGCUAUCUUACAGGCCAGAAAAUCUGGGGCUUGUGCUAGGAAAUCUUCUCCAGAUUUGGACCAACAUGUUUAAAGAAACAAAACAAACAAAACCCCGAAUAGAAUGAAUUGGUUCUGGCUCUUCUAGGGAUCUGAUUAUUUCAAGAGGAACCCAAGGUCCAGAUUCUUAACUAGAUGCUGCCAUUUACGGACCCACAUAUCUUCCCUAGUUCAGGGUCUUCAGGCAGGAGGCUAUGCCUCAACUUAGAGAUGGAUCCUUAAAAUAAUCAAGCUCCAGGACAGUUGAGCAUGUGUGAUCACUGUGGGUUGGUCCCUGAAGACUCCUGUGGGUAAGAAUGGUGAACCAGGUACCCUGUAGCUAGAAUUUUCUGUUGUCCAGUAGCUCCUGUGGGAUAGGGGGUACUUGUGAUUGAUGUGUUCUGGCCACACAACCCUCUCUGAGGACUGAUUUAUGUAUUAAUCCAGUGAAGGGGGCUGUGUUGAUGGAGGAGCAAUGGGAGUCUUCUCAAAGGCUAUGUUUCCUAUCAGUAUAAGGUCCCUUUUACUACAAAGGGAAGUACUUUGUUUUCACUCCAGUUUGAUGAAACUCUUCUAUUAAUAGGUUAUUUUAUCUUCAGGUCUUUAUUUUCUUCCUUUCUCUGAGCAGUUUGUGGAUUUUGUGCCUUAUAAAUGGAAACAUAUGAACAGUUUACUUAAUACAUGGGCAUGCACAAUUUGAAGUUUUGGGUUAUUGGGAUAAGAAAAAAAGAAUGCAUUGCUUUUGAAAGAAGGGUCAGAAAACCAGAAUUAUUUAUAAAUCAAAAGGCACUGUCAAAUGAAAAAAAAAAAAAGACACUGUCAGUCUGCAUUUUGGCAAAACAAAACAAAAAAACACAACCUCAACUGAAGUUUUCCUAUAAUCUUCAUAUAAAGAAAGCAUAUGUCUUGUCUGCUACAUGGAUUUCCUAGGUGGAUUUCUCUGUUAAUCCUUAAAUACCUGAACUUCUGUGCUACCCAAGUGUCUUACAUAAGUUUCUGGGGUGCAGGCCAAAUUCAUCACAAAUAAAGCUGACAAAACUGAAGCCAGUUGAACCAAACAAGGUGAUGGGGGAAUUGUACAAACACAUCGCAAGAAGAGGGUCAGUUUAAAAUGUUUGAAAUGUUCAUUUUUAUGGAGUGAAAGAUCAUAUUCUUCUAAAAGUUAGGAGGAAAGUGUAAGUCAGGCUCUUGAAUAUGGCGGUGGUCCUGGUGGACAGAGAUCUUCAAGCCCAAUGCAGAUAAAUUUUAGAAAAUAGGAAAUAGGACAAUAACAGUGAUCUUCAAAUGCAGUUGACAGACCAAGGUAAGCUGACACACUCUAAGCAGUCUAUGACAAGUUCAGAUAGAUUAAGCUCUUUAAGAUAUUGCCACAAAAUUAUUACUUUAAUUUACACAGGUAUUGGUCCCUCAAGUGGUAAGAAAUUUUUUAAAAAUAAAGUUUUUCACCAGAGGUAAUUGAGAGCAUUGGGGACUAGGUACCUCAUUAAAAUACCAGUAUCAUAAAAACAAACAGAUGGGAUAAUCAGUGUCUUAUUAGAAGUAUAUAAACAUAAGAAAUGCAAAUGUUUUAAGUUACUCAGACUUUUGAGGGACUAAAUACUCCUUUUAGAAAAUUUUCAUUAAAAUGAGUGUAUCAGCCGGGAACAGAUCUAGUUUACUUAAAAGAAAUGAUUAAGUAUUUGAUAAAGGAGAUGAUUGUUUUCUUCCAACAUAGCCUUCCCAACAGUUGACAUCUGGAAAUUCUGCCGGUUCUCUCUCUCUAUUAAAAUAUAAAUGCUUCUGGGAAACCUAAACCAUCAGUCAUUUACAUCUUGUGAAUAAAAAUUCUGAUGGAUUUGUAUGAGGCCCACUCAGGGUAAGGAAAUGGGGCAUCAGAACGCAGCUGACUGGGGACACAUUUGCCUAUUUCCCUCUUGUCUAGUACUUUCUGACUUAUAUUUACUAAUGAGCUAAUGUCAGUACUCAGAUGUUAAAAGUUUCAUUUCUCACCUCUGCUAAGAGCACUUCACUAAAUAACAACACUCUGAGUCCUCUACUGGAAGCUUGAAAUAGUAGGAGUUCAGGUUGUGGAAUGAAGGUAGCUCAUUCCUGACUCCUAUCCACAAACGGUACUUUAAUACUUAACAGGUUCUUCAGAUGCUACACUGUAAUUUCAAGUGGACCCUCCAGAUGGCGCUCAUGUCUUACUCAGCGUGGCUAUUGUAUCCAAGUCUUCGGGCUGUUGAUUGUAUUGGUCCUAGUGUUUUGCUUGAUUGCUUGGCGAAGAAAAAAUGGAACUAUUUUCUGUUUAUAUAAAUCUACUUAUACGAAUGACCAUUAAACAGAUUUUGUAUAUA